UUCGGCAGCCCUGUAAUGCGAUCACUAGGGCCAGCCUCCCGACCCACCCAAGCAGAGCCAAGUGACAAUAAGGUUAGCCUACUGAGCUACGCAGCAGCCACAGAAAAACAGAAAAGCGCUCUACAGGCUAGACCUGUGGCUCGGAGACAGAGACGCUUGGGAACGGCCCUCUGCAGAGAUGACAGGAGAUAUGGAAAGCCCAAGACGCCACGAGAAGCCCAACCAGGGGCCGCCCUCGUGCCUGCACUGUGCUUCUGGGGCUUCAACGGCCUUCUACUGAUGGUGGACACAACAGGGAAACCCACCUUCAUCUCCCGCUACCGCAUCCAACUGGGCAAGAAUGAGCCGGUUGACCCCGUGAAGUUGCGCCAGUCUAUCCGCACAGUUCUUUUCAACCAGACUAUGAUUUCUCUUCCCAUGCUGGUCAUCUUCUAUCCUUUCUUCAAGUGGAGGCGAGACCCCUGCUGCCAAGAGCUUCCCACCUUUCACUGGUUCCUUGUGGAGUUGACCUUUUUCACCCUCGUGGAGGAAAUCCUGUUCUACUACUCACACCGGCUCCUUCACCACCCAACGUUGUACAAGAAAAUUCACAAGAAACAUCACGAAUGGACAGCACCCAUUGGUGUGAUCUCGAUCUAUGCCCACCCUAUAGAACAUGUGGUUUCCAACAUGUUGCCAGUUAUGGUGGGUCCACUAGCAAUGGGCUCUCAUCUGUCCUCCAUCACUGUGUGGUUGUCCCUUGCUCUCAUCGUCACCACUGUCUCGCACUGUGGUUACCAUCUGCCCUUCCUGCCUUCACCUGAGUUCCAUGACUACCACCAUCUCAAGUUCAACCAGUGCUAUGGGGUACUGGGAGUGCUGGACCACCUGCAUGGGACUGACAUCAUCUUUAAGCAGACCAAGGCCUAUGAGAGACAUGUCCUCCUGCUGGGCUUCACCCCACUUUCAGAGAGCAUCCCUGAUCCUCCCAAGAAGAUGGAGAGUUCUCUUGGACCAUCCCAACUGUUCCCUCACAAGUAGAAGGUGUGGAGACUGCCCGGGAGCCAUGAUGCCCUUAACAACUUGCCUCCUUUUGCUACCAUACUCUAAGGAUUGUACCAUUAGGGUACAGGAAAAAUACAAGCUUCCUGCCAGGACAAGGCCAUGAAAGGGCGGACCUGAGCUUCCCCCAAACUACUUGUCAUGUUACCUUGGGCCCAGGAGUUGACUUAGGGAAAAAGAACUAGCUAUUUGGGUUGGAGGCCAGUCAAAGGAAAGUCACCAAGAAUCUGGUGGUCUCCUUCGGUCCUCUGCUCCAAUUCCCACACUUGGCUCCCCUGGGGGACAAUGGGCUGGCAGUAGGACUGGAUGAUUACUGAUUAAAAAUCUCCCCCCAGCAAUUACCCUGAGAACACACGGUUCAAUCUUUAAAUGGUAACUCAACGGUGAGCUAUAGCAGCAGGGUUUCUUCUCCUGACAGCUCGUGACUGGGAACCCUGGGAUCCCAAGAACUUGGCAACUGUUAAGGUGGAUCUGGAAGGCUGCCACCAUUACCAUUUGUUAAAUCUCUGCACAACUGUGCCAGUCUUACAUGUUCAGUUCAAGGUUAGUCAAGACUCCUUAUUGUAGAUUAAAUAAAACACCUUUUUAAAAAAAAACCCACACAGCACAGUACAGCGGUUUGCACUGUAGUUCACAGCUGCUCUGGAGAUUUAGGUCCAGUUCACAGCCAGCCUAGACAAACACAGCAAAACGUCGAUGUCCGGUAAGCCAGUUCUCCAAAACAGGGCUUCACCCCAUGGUGCUGAGGCCAACACAAGACUGGGUCAGCUGGCAACCUAGCACUUUGCCGGCAGUCCUAGCCUCCUCUGGCCUUGGUAACCUGUGCUCUUGGAUUCCUUCAAAUACAAACCCACUCCUCCACUUUACCCCCAUCGCUGGAUGACAGCCAUUCCCUUUCUCAUGAGCAAUACUCUCUGUGCUAUCAUCCAAGGGGGCAGGGACAAUUAAAAAAUGGAGAUGAAGUACUGUCAAGAGUACAUGGCCACUUGGGAGGCAGAGGCAGGCGGAUCUCUGUGAGUUCGAGACCAGCCUGGUCUACAAGAGCUACUUCCAGGACAGGCUCCAAAACCACAGAGAGGGGGCUGGAGAGAUGGCUCAGUGGUUAAGAGCAUUGCCUGCUCUUCCAAAGGUCCUGAGUUCAAUUCCCAGCAACCACAUGGUGGUUCACAACCAUCUGUAAUGAGGUCUGGUGCCCUCUUCUGGCCUGCAGUCAUAUACACAGACAGAACAUUGUAUACAUAAUAAAUAUUUAGAAAAAAAAAAAGAGUACAUGGCCCGUCUCUAUAAGGCCCUAAUAUUGGUGAAUAAGGUCUUAAAUUCUUCAUAAAAGCGUGACAAAGCAUGUAAAUAAAGUCUCUAUAAAACUAA